AUAUUAUUUUAUAAAAUAUGGAAAAAUAUUUUAAUUAGAAAAGUUAUAUUCGAACACUUGGCACUUUUUAAGUUGUAUAAUAUUAGUUAUUUAAAUCUUAAUAGUGAACCAUUUUUAAAUCAUCUAUUAUCGAAUGAAAAUUACUAUUACUGCAAAUCAUUUGUGAUCAACAAUAGUAGCUUUUUAAAUGAUAUUCCAAAUGAUAUCGAUAAAUUAAAUAUAAAACCAUAUUUUAUCAGCACUCAAAUGGAUAAAAGGAAUGUCUUACCAAGUUCACUUAUAACCUUAAAAAUAAUUGGCAGUUGUAUUAUUUAUAAUAAUUCUAUUCCAGACUCUGUUCAGUUUUUAUCAUUUGAGGAUUUCAACAUUAAAUUCGCAAAUGAACAUUUUUUACCAUCAAAUUUAAAAACUAUUUCAUUUGGUCAGUUAUAUAAUAAACCAUUCAAUUCAAGAACCUUUAAGAAAUGCACUCAGUUAAAGUCUAUUUAUUUGGGCAGAGACUAUAAUCAAGUUAUUGAACCAAAUACUUUUCCAAAUUCUUUAGAGGAGCUCAAUUUUAGUGAAGAUUCUUUAUUUAACCAACCAUUAAAAUUCAAUUAUACCUUAAAGUACUUGCAAUUUAAAGAUCUUGUUCAUUAUGGUGGUAAUUUAAUGUCAAUUUAUACUAUUCCAUCCUCUUUAGAAACAUUGGUAUUUGGCGAGGUGUACGAAGCUUCAUAUAUAGGUUUUAUAAGAUCAUUAAAAAAUUUAAAAACACUCAAGAUUGGUAAAAUUUAUCAU